GGGGAGGGGCAGUAGUAGAUACUGCUGUAGUUUAAAUUAAUGUCAACCUGUCUCCUCGUUGGGAGAACAACCCAGCGCAGAUAGCGAAAGUACGUGCUCAGCGUAACCUGCGAGCCACUCUACAUAUAUUAACAUGGCUCGGCGGCCAAGAAACAGUGUUUACAGUAGUGAGGAGGAUGAGGAGGAGACUGAAAUGUAUGAACAUGAUUAUGAUGGAACACUGGCCAAGGCAGGGAAACGCCACCUCGGCAAAACACGCUGGACACGAGAAGAGGAUGAGAAGCUAAAGAAACUCGUUGAGCUUCAUGGAUCAGAAGACUGGAAACUCAUUGCAAGCUUACUAACUAAUCGUACAGAUGUGCAGUGCCAACACAGAUGGCAGAAGGUUCUCAACCCAGAACUCAUCAAAGGCCCAUGGACCAAAGAGGAGGACCAGAGGGUGAUUGAGCUGGUCCAGAAGUAUGGAGCCAAGCGCUGGUCGGUGAUCGCCAAGCACCUGAAGGGGCGUAUCGGCAAGCAGUGCCGUGAGCGCUGGCACAACCACCUGAACCCAGAGGUGAAGAAGACAUCAUGGACUGAGGAGGAGGACCGCAUCAUCUACCAGGCACACGAGAAGCUGGGAAACCGCUGGGCCGAAAUCGCUAAGCUGCUCCCUGGCAGGACUGACAACGCUAUAAAGAACCACUGGAACUCCACCAUGAGGCGAAAGGUGGAACAGGAGGGCUAUCUUCAGGCCACGUCGAAGAACAGCAACUCCUCACUCUCCAUCAGCCAUGGCUACGUCAAGACCAACAAUCACAUCAUGGGUUUCCCCCACCACUCGCCCGGUCACACGCAGCUGCCUCCCUUGUCGCCACUCAACUACACCUACAUCACCGACACACACCGAAUACCGUUUCCCAUGGCCUUGCAUUUGAACAUCCUGAACAUUCCCCAGCAUGGAACCGCUGCUAUACAGAGACACUAUAGUGAGGAGGACCCUGAGAAGGAGCAGAGGGUGAAAGAGAUCGAACUGCUGCUCAUGUCAACAGAAGAUGAGUUGAGAGGCCAGCCAUCAGUACCAAUGAAUUUGCCCUAUCCAAGCUGGGCCAGCCAGAGAUCUUUGACUGACAGCUCAGAGGGUAUGGGAAUGUUAUUACCUCAUCACCAGGCAGCCGCCCCUGCCCUGCCCCUCGACCAGAGCUGCCUACCUGAGGAGAGCGCCUCUGCAACACGUGCCCACAGCAAUAACAGCCGAAACAAUAACAACAACAACAGCCAUCACAGCAGUCCAACGUUCUCAAAUACUAUUCCAGAGUUCAUGGAAUCUGUCAUUGAUUCAAGCCUCUCCUCAGUGGAUGAGGCCACUACCAGUGGGCUCUUGGAUAGGAGCGUUCUCAGAACAGACAGGGUCUUGCCCAAUCAGGGCUCAAGAACUGCUCACGGAGCAUGGGCUGGUUUCAUCUGCUCAACUCCCAAGCCUUCACCAGGCAGAAACCUACCCUUUUCACCCUCACAGUUUCUCAACCAGUCAAUGAGCUCAGAACACUCCGACAACGACAGUUUACCAAUGAGCUCGCCCGUGGACUCCAAGCCUCUGAUCGACCACAGUGUCAGGCCCCAGAAAGAGAAUGACAUAUUCAGAACUCCAAACAUUCGUCGUUCGAUCCUGGAGUCAUCUCCUUGUACACCCACACCUUUCAGGUCAGCCCUGGCCUUGCAGGAGGCCAAGUAUGGACCCCUUAAACUACUGAAUGCCCCUUUGGAGCAGCAGAUGGUAGAGUCCAUCAAGCAGGAGCCGAUGGAGUGUGCCAUUGAGCAGCCUCCUCUGAAGAAGAUAAAACAAGAGGUGGAGUCCCCUUGUGAGAGGAGUCCUUGUAUGCAGUGGGAAGGACAAGACCUUCACACACAGCUCUUCUCCCCCAAUGGCCCUGCUCAGGAAGUACCUGACUUACUUACUAGCUCAUUAUUGAGUGAAGAUGGACACAAAACCUACCACCUCCCUCGCAGAGGCAUGGGCAGCCCACUACAGCUCAGUUCCUGGGAGCAGGUAACCUGUGGGAAAACAGAGGAGCACGUUUUGGCCUCGGAGCAGAGCCACAAGUACAUCAACACUUACCCUACGAGGACACUGGUCAUGUAGACAGAGACACAUGUUGAUCUGGAAACAUCAACAAUCCCUGCGCUGGACGCAAUGCUGCAGGUUACAUAUUUGUUGUGGUACAACAGUUGGGAGAGGCUCUAUGCCAUUGGUGUUUUUACACUCACACUUGUUGGAUUUCAACCAACCAAAGACUAUACAUUUUUUGUUUUUAAAAUCUUUUAUAUAGAAUUUGCUUUUGGUUUUUAGAAAUGUAUGUCCUAUUACUUCUGGUCUUGUCACUGUAUUAUCAGUGUUGUAUUAUAAAUGGGAAACGGUGGCUAUAUAAUUUGCAUUGGGCUGUAUUAUUAAUUCAGAAUUUUGAUAUUAAUAUAAAGAACAAGUUGAUUAAUUUAUUUCUUUUGCUUUAAUGAUGACAUUGUUGUAGUUGUUUUUUAACAAUUGGCCAAUGGAGCAGUGUUGUAAGUUAAGUAUUUAAGCCCUAUUAGCAUUAUCAUAAAUCCAAAUGCAUAUUAAUUAAUUCAAAACUGACCUCUGUAUUUCAGUCAUGAAACUUGUCUGUAUCUUUUUGUUUUUUUGUCUCUUUUUACAGGCUUCAAUGGGUCUACUGAGAAUUUCAAGUGUUUGGUCUGUGCCACCUCAUGUAAACACUUAACUACUGAACAAGAACAGCUACAUCUGUUCUUACAUCAUUAUUCAACUAUGAAUUAGCAUGUUUUACACAACAGAAGGGGCCAGCCUUAUUAGUAUUACCCGGUUAUCACAUUAGCACCUUUAUUUCAUAAAAAUUUAGUUUUCAUUUCAACUUUGAAUUUAUUUCUGGCCUUCAUAGUAUCCUGUAUGGGGAAACAUUCAAUGAACAAACAUUAUUUAAGUAUACAAAAUUUAAGAAUAUAUAUAUAUAUAUAUAUAUAUAUAGUAUAUUUAUAUUUAAAAAUCUUAAUUGAGCUUCUAUGUUUGAAAUCAUUGAGCUUCACCGAGUAAGAGUAAGAGACCAAGCUGUCCGUGAAUUUUCUACUCUCCAUAAAAAGCAAGAGUACUAAACACUGAUAUUUUAUAUUAUGCUACAAAAGCCCAAUUUAAACUUUUGUAUGUUUGUUGUUUUUCAAGAUUUCUUUGAAUAGUUUUGUAUUGUUUUGUACUGCAUAUUCAAUCAGCAUUUUGUUUUCUUACUAAGACUGCAGUAGCCCAUGUCAAACACUUAGCAGACAAUCUUUUUAUACGUUUGCAUUAUACGUUUUAUACGUAUGCCUUGUUUUUAUACUAGCUUCUGAGCAAAAAUGAUUUUUUAAAAGCAUUUAUACAUGCCAAGUUUUCAUGUUUUUAUACUUUUAUAUACUGCCUAGUAAAUAAAGUGUGUUGUUUUUUUACA